AUGGAUGCCGAUGAAAUUCGCCGCGCACUGACGAGAAUGUAUCACGAAAUCCUGGAACGCAAUCACGGCGCCGAGAACCUGAUGCUGGUGGGCAUUCGCACCCGUGGAGUGCCGCUGGCCCAGCGACUGUCGGCGCAAAUCGUCGCCUCUGAAGGCGUUGAGGUGCCGGUUGCCCAACUGGAUACGGGUUUGUAUCGGGACGAUCUGAACGUAAGACCCCAUAUCACAGUGCGCCCUACGACUGUACCCGGGGACCUGGCUGGACGGACGGUAGUAUUGGUCGACGAUGUGCUGUUUACGGGGCGCACUGUCCGCGCUGCAUUGGACGCCGUAAAUGACCUUGGCCGACCGCUCCGCAUUCAGAUGGCUGCCCUGGUGGAUCGGGGACAUCGGGAACUGCCGAUCCGGGCCGACUUCGUGGGCAAAAACAUUCCUACCCGGCGGGCCGAGCGAGUCCGAGUGCGCCUUACCGAAACCGACGGGAUUGACGAAGUUUCGGUAUCUCAGGUUGGUGACGGCUGA